ACAUAUAUAUAUAUAUAUAUGUAUAGCGUUCAAAUUCAAUCCAAUGUACAUUUUACACAUACAUACACAAAUGCAUAAAUCUCAUUCUAUAUGGUAUAAAGUUCACAACCAAUAAACUGGUCAUUCAUUAUUGUCUUACUACUAGUUGUGUAUCCUGUUUCCCAAAUCAUCUUUCAACAACAUUUUCUAUCAUACACAUGUAUAUAAUUCUGUAUUACUACUAUUACUAUUAUUAUUAUUAGUAGUAGUAUUAGAAUUAUGAAUAAUAUUGUUAUUCUUAGGUAUUAUAUCAACUGUACAAAAGUGAAGGGAGCAUAAGGAUUAAAAUAUUGAAUUUUUCAGACUGAACAUUGAAUUCUACUUUUCAUUGUUCAUUGUUAUCCAUUUUCUUUUUUUUUUUCAUUCAUUGUAUAACUUCAAAAAUUUCUACAUUUAUUUGAGACAAUAUAUGCUGUAUGUGUAUUAUGUCUACAUUUGUUUAAAAUGAUGUCUCAUAAUUGUAGAAAGAAGAAAAUCAUUUUCAGUAAUAACGAUAAUAAUGACAAAUUUCAGUAUCGAAUGCUUUAGAAACGACCAGUGAUAUUACCGUUGAUACAUAUAACUUAAAUAUCAUCUUAAUUAUUAAUAUGCGAACAAUUCUGAUGGAUAUAUUUAUGAGAAGUAAUAACUUCAAGUGAUAGUGGAUGUAUUGAUGAACAAUAACAAUAAUGUUUAACUGACUAGAAUGGCCUUGGAAUAUGACUGCUGGAUCUGCCGAAAAUACAAUCCAUUUGUUGUUAUAAUUUUAUUGACGGAAAUUUAUAUACAUUUUUGCAAAUAUUACUAUAAUUAUCCAAAUUUACAUAUCACCUUUUUAACUGGUGUCAAUGGACAAUUAAAUCUUUGGGUAGAUCGUCAGUUAGUAAUACAAAUUAUUGAAUCAAUGCCACAUAAUCAAAAUAUUCCGGGUAGGCUACGUUGUCCAAGAAGAUUACCAGAAAUUCACAGACAUAUUCCAGAACAUUUGUUUCUCGUUUUCAAUGGGUUACUUUUACACGAAGCAUUGGAUCGUAUUUCAUUAUCUGCUCAUAGACCUAUCCCUCCACGUAUUGAUAUGUUACGUGUCAAAUGGAGAGCAGGCUUUGAACGUUUAACCUACAAUAUCGAUUUGAAGUCAAUGAAUCAAACACUUCUGCAUACUCCACUAUUAAAUAUUGCGAAAUCUGGUUAUAUACCAGCUACACAAUCUGACGUUCAGAUAUCUUUACCAUGCACUGGGAGAUUUACUGGUAUAGCUCCCUUCCAAGUAAGACUUGAUGUUCAAAGAGAAUUUGAAGGUUUACGAAAAAUUCCUCCGAUUUCGUUCAUUGUCUAUAAAUAUUGUCUGAGUGCAAGUCAGCAUGCACGAUUUAUUAUCAAAUGUGAAUGCCGUAUUCAGUGUUUACAAUCGAAUAUUAACAAUCGUCAAUCACUACGAAAACGCUGUAUUCGACGCUGUCGGAGACGUUAUGGUUUAAAUAACAUACAGGAUAAACAAAGAAAAUGAAUAAAUUAUUUUCUGUUUUAAAAGAUGAAACCAAUUUAACUCUACUUUUUGUGAAGAAAUAGCAAUGAAACUAUCAAUAACCACGAUAAUAACAACAAAUUCUUUAACAUUAUACCUCUAUUCUGUAUACCGUUAGUCCAGAACCUUAGAAUUAUUAAUAAGCCUAAAUUUUAUUGAUUAUUCUGCGUUUUAAUUCAUCCAGACAUUAAUGAAAAGAAGAAAAUAAGUAGUUCGGAGAAGAGGUUCUUUUCUUAGAAUUCAUUUUCUUUAGCUGUACAGUUUUAUUUUAUAUACAGUUCUUUUAUGGCAAGUCUCCGAAAGAGUCCAUUGGAGUCAGUUGCGAAUACGUUUCAGCUAUAUACAAGGUAUGUGGAUGACAUUCAGAUCAUUUUUUACAAUAAUUGUGACUUCAGUCAUUUGUUACAGGUAUUUAGCAACGGCCAUCCAGUAAUAAAAUCUACCCUUGAAACGAAUGUGAAAUUGCACUCUUUGAUGUUGAAUACAAGAAGAACCGACAGAAACUUGAGAAGUUCUGUCCAUGAGAGACACAUUCAGAACGGUCAACUGACAAGUUUCUACAUUUAGAGGGCUGUUGAAUGAAAACUCUAACACUCUAGAAGAAUUACACCUUCUGAAAGGAAUUUCCACUCAAAAUGGAUACCCACCGAGAUUCAUUGACAAGAACAUCAAAUCAAAAUUUCAGAAAAAAAUACAUUACUUGUAACAAAAAAGAAACUUUAUAUGAAUCGUGAUUUCAAGGAAAACUUAGCCUACAAUAUCCCUAAGGGAGGAAUUUCCCCAUAUUCGGGAAGAUUCUUCGCAGAAACGGUAAGAGUAUAGUUCUCCAGUCAUCUACGUGUCUCAUCCGGCCACUUCUAUGUGAAUAUAUCAGUUUCCUAGUUCCUGUGGAAUCAGGCAUAUUGGACGUUAGAAGUAUAUCCUAUCUAAAAGAGCUCAAGAACGCUAUCCGUAUAUUUUCAGAAAGGCAACAGUCGCUCUAUAAGGAGUGCGAUAAUUGAACACCUUAUCAACACGAGUCAUUCUAUCUAGUCAAACUUCUUCAAAGUAAUCUACAAGGCAAAUAACAACUUGCUAAAAACAAUGCGCUUUUGUCUCCUCUGCAUUACUGAGACUAUAGCAUUCAGAUAGAGAGAUCUGAGCUCUGCUUAUAAAAGUAAAUUAUUCAAGCACUUCUACUAACGUCAUAACACCCUUAUUGUUUUCCACUAACUUGACGUCGUUCGCUUUUAACUCUUUCUAAUUCUUGUAUUUCUUUCUAACUCUUACAUGAUAUCACAGUUUCCUUCGUUUCCAUAUGCAUCCUGAUUAAAACUUCUUCACUCACCUUAUUACGUAACUCUAGUACCUUUAUUCAUUGAUUAAUAUCGAGAACUAUGAAUAUAACAACUUAUCACUUCUUUUUACUACCAUUU